UGAAGCGGCUUCCCAGCCUUGGCCCCGCCCGCCUCCUUUCUCUGCCGGGUGACCGCGGCUGCUGGCGCUGGAUCCAGACCAGAAGCCCAGCCUCCUCACCCCUUUUCGGAGUUCCCAGGACGAGUCUGAAGCCCAGUCAGCUGGUGGGGGCCGCACCUCCCGAAACACGCGGCCCCUCGGAAGAGGAUGUGGCUAGUGAGCUGGAUUUUGAAAAGGGAACAACAUUAAGGGCCACUCUCUCACUCAAGAGUUGGCCUCGGACGGGGUAGGAAUAGGAGUAUUCCUAGGCUACCCACUGAGGAGGAGAUUAAGAGGAACCCUUGAGAGAAACGGAAACCCCAAAAGUCAGGCUGGAAUUGUUUAUCAAGGCAAAACAGAAGAAAACAGUAAGGCAGUCUGAGUUACCUGCAGUCAACCACUGCCGGAAGCAGAUGAUCUUCCUUCUUCGUCACAUGCCUGGGUCAUUCACCUCACUUCAUCUCAUCACGUAGACAUUUUAUUGUCUCACAUAAUCACAAGAAGAACAGUACCUUCGCCUUGAAGGGGCUCUUUUAUUGAGAAUCGAUGUCUUCUUCUGGGUAAUUGAUCACCGUAGACCCAGGGACACUUGACUCAUCGUUGAGGAAGAGUAAUCAUCAUGAAUAAUCAAAAAGCUGUAGCCACACUACUGGAAGAGUGCAAGCAAGUGCUGGACCGGCUCUUGUUGGAGGCGUCAGAUGUGUCGGAGGAGGACAAGAGCGAGGACCAGCAGUGCAGAGCUUCACUCCCCAGCGAAUUAAGGACCCUGAUCCAGGAGGCAAAGGAAAUGAAGUGGCCCUUCGUGCCUGAAAAGUGGCAGUACAAACAAGCCGUGGGCCCAGAGGACAAAACAAACCUGCAGGAUGUGAUUGGCGCCGGGUUGCAGCAGUUACUGGCGUCCCUGAAAGCCUCCAUCCGCUCCCGCGACUACGCCACCGCAGCUGCCAUCGUGUUCUUAAGCGACCGGUUCCUGUACGGGCUCGACGUGUCGGGCCAGCUCCUGCAGGUCGCCAGAGGCCUCCACAAGCUGCAGCCGGCGACGCCAAUCGCCCCGCAGGUGGUCAUUCGCCAAGCCCGACUCUCGGUCAACGCAGGGAAACUUUUAAAAGCAGAAUAUAUCCUGAGCAGUUUAAUAAGCAACAAUGGAGCAACAGGUACCUGGCUGUACAGAAACGAAAGUGACAAGGUCCUGGUGCAGUCGGUGUGCAUACAGAUCCGAGGGCAGAUUCUGCAAAAGCUAGGGAUGUGGUAUGAAGCGGCAGAGCUAAUAUGGGCCUCGAUCAUAGGAUAUUUGACCCUGCCUCAGCCAGAUAGAAAGGGUAUUUCCACAUCGCUAGGUAUACUGGCAGACAUCUUUGUUUCCAUGAGCAAAAAAGAUUAUGAAAAGUUUAAAAACAAUCCACAGAUUAACUUGGGUUUGCUGAAGGAGUUUGACCACCAAUUGCUCUCAGCUGCAGAAGCCUGCAAACUGGCAGCUGCCUUCAGUCCCUACACACCCCUCUUCGUGCUCACAGCUGUGAAUAUCCGUGGCACGUGCUUGUUGUCAUAUAGUAGCUCUAACGACUGUCCUCUGGAAAUGAAAAAUCUGUAUCUGUGUGAAGCCAAAGAGGCCUUUGAAAUUGGCCUCCUCACCAAGAGAGAUGAUGAAUCAGUUAGUGGAAAACAAGAGCUUCAUAGUCUUCUCAAAGCUGCUUUUGGCCUCACCACUGUGCACCAAAGACUGUAUGGGGAGACAGAGGUGGUCCAUACCGCAGGUCAGCUCUGUAAUGAAGCUAUGGGAAAGCUGUACCGUUUCAGUACUUCCUCUGGAAGUCAGGAGAGAGAAGCUCUCUCUAAGGAGAUCAUGUCAGUUAUCACACAGGUAAAGGAUCACUUACAAAUUCAAAGCUUCUCAAAUUUCGAAGACAAGUCUUAUGUUCCAGAGAGUUUCAAGCAUGGAUUGGAUAAACCCAUCUUGCAUGGGCAAGUAGAUUUCCAAAAUAUCCUUGAGACUUACUCACAGCACCACACUUCAGUGUGUGAAGUAUUUGAAAGCUCUUGUGGAAACUACAGAGAUAAAGAGAAAGAUACCAAAACGGGAGUCUGUAUCACUACUCUAAAAACAGAGACAAAAAACAUAGAUACUGUGUGCGCUACUGAAGACAAACCACAUUUUCAAAAAGGAAUGGCAGUAUCUUCCUCCCAAAUGGCUAAGAUUGACCAGGAGAAACCCAGGAGGAUAGCAAGGAAAAACUGGACCCGUUCUGAUGCCUUUCGGGUCUCCUUGGAUCAAGAUAUGGAAACUGAGGUUGAAUCAUCAGAUCACAGUUAUGGUGAAGGAGCUGUUUUGAACCAGUCUCUGAGUGACAGCCAGUGCUCCAGUUCUUGGAGCAAGUUAUCGGCGGUUAGUUCCUCUGCCAGCUGGGAGGAAGUGAAUUAUGUGGACGAUAAGUCAGCCAGAAAAGAGCCUCGCAAAGAAGUGCGUCCUGUGGAUACUGCAUGUUCUGCGGCCCUGUCUGAAGAGCUCGAGAUCAAUGAGGAAACCAGGCCUGUGCACCCACUGUCUUCAGAACUUCACGGUCUCUCUCUCCAAGUGUCCGAGGAUGACAAUUUAGAGUCGUUGCAAAGUCAGCCGCACAGACGCGUGCCCUUGACAACCUCCCAUCCUCGUAACACAACAGGCACGUUCUCAGCCCCCGGGGCGGGUCUGUUAGGAGGAGCUCCAGAAGAUGUGCAGAAAGUCAAAAAUAGGGGACCCAGAAAUACUUCUGCUCAUUCCAGACCCUCGUUUGGUUCUGCUUCUUUGUCCUCUUCUGAUGCUGGUUGGCCCAAGAACACAGCCACGUAUCCUUUGGUUCGAGAAGAAGAAUCCUUUGAACUAAUUGACAAAUUUCCAGAAAUCGAUUGUGAUGCUGAAGACAGAUAUGGAGAGGAAAUCAAAAGAGGCACAGGCCUUACAUUUAAAGAAAGCUCUGCCUGGGUUGACCCAGAAGGAGAAACAGCAGAAAAAGAAGAGGAUAUGCCCUUAGACUCUGACAUAGUCAUGGAGGAUCCCCUGGGCAAACGUUCCGGGAUGGCGUGUAGCUUUUCCACUCUUCAUUGGCCUGUUCAAAAUCCUGACUCAGGAAAGAGCAGUGGCCCAGUCAAAGAGCAGGGCAUCGACCCUGAUGCCUCCACAGUGGAUGAGGAGGCCCACCUGCUCGACAGCACAGAUGUUCAGCCCACAAGCGGGCGUGGCCUAUGUGCUCUGAGGCAGCCGCGUGGUCAGGGACCCGAAACCCCCAAUUCCUCUGUAGGCAGUAGCCUUCCCUCCCCUGGUCUUAGCAAGGACUGCACUACCACGGAGGAAGGAAACAAACUAGGAAACAUGCUAAACUGCAGCCAGAACUCCACCUCCUCAGUGUGGUGGUUGAAUUCACCAGCAUUUUCCAGCGGUUCUUCCGAGUGGGAAAGCCCACCGUCCUUUCUGAAUUCCAGCGGAAGUUCUUUUGUUUCGUUGCCAGGAAUGACAAGGCAAGAGAUCCUAGAGGCUCGAACCCUGCACACGGAUGACUUUGAAAAACUCUUGGCAGGAGUGAGGCAUGAUUGGCUCUUACAGAGACUGGAGAAUACGGGAGUUUUUAAGCCCAAUCAACUGCACCAAGCACACAAUGCUCUUUUAUUAAAAUAUUCUAAAAAAUCAGAAUUAUGGACAGCCCAGGAAACUGUUGUAUAUUUGGGUGACUACCUGAAUGUGAAGAAGAAAGGUAGACAAAGAAAUGCUUUUUGGGUUCAUCAUCUUCAUCAAGAAGAAACUCUGGGGAGAUAUGUUGGGAAAGAAUAUAAGGAGCAGAAGGGGCUCUGGCACCACUUCGCUGACGUGGAACGGCAAAUGACUGCACAGCACUACGUGACAGAAUUUAACAAGAGACUUUAUGAACAAAAGAUUCCAACACAGAUAUUCUAUAUCCCAUCCACAGUAUUACUGAUUUUGGAAGGCAAGACAAUAAAGGGAUGUAUAAGUGUGGAACCUUAUAUCCUGGGAGAAUUUGUAAAAUUAUCAAAUAAUGCAAAAGUAGUUAAAACAGAAUACAAAGCCACAGAAUAUGGCUUGGCGUAUGGCCAUUUCUCCUAUGAGUUUUCUAAUCAUAAAGAUGUUGUGGUCGAUUUACAAGGUUGGGUGACUGGUAAUGGAAAAGGGCUCAUCUAUCUGACAGACCCCCAGAUCCACUCUGUUGACCGGCAUGAUGUCACUACCAAUUUUGGAAAGAAGGGAAUCUUUUACUUCUUUAAUCACCAGCAUUUGGAAUGUAAUGAAAUAUGCCAUCGUCUUUCUUUGACGAGACCUUCAGCUGAGAAACCAAGGAAGUGAUAGACUGUCUGGCGUGACGCUGCUCACCAGAGCUGGGUCCUUCUCUCCCCCCAGACCCACGCAGGAUUGUAGCCUGGUCCCCUCGGGCUCAGGCAGAGCAGUGAGACUACUUCUGGCUAAUGACCUGUGAGAGGAAUUAGUGACUCUCCAUUUCAGGCCCCUAUUUAAUUACCAGUGCGACUUGCUGUGGAGUUAGUUGAGUUACUUUCCCUCUGCCACAACUACCAGAACUCCGUCAGGAGAUAGCUGCUUAUCGGCAUCAGUGCUACACGGAAACGGCCCCUAACUGGCCCCUCGUGGACACAAAACAGAUGAGAAAUAAACAUUUGUGUUUAAGCCAU